AUGGACAACGUUACUCGGAUCGACGACGCCCUGCAAAUGAACGACUUACUGCAGGCUGGCGGCUUCCCACAAGCCAACGGCUCCAAUCAGCUCGAUGAUUUCCUGCAGACGAACGACUUCCGCCAGACGAACGACUUGACGCAGACGAAUGGCUUCAGACAGAUCGAGUUCCCGCAGGGGAACGGCUUCCAGGAGACGCACAGCUUCCUGCAGGGGAGAAGCUUGUUCGAGCAGACACACGGCCUUCUGCAGGCGAGUGGGAUGAACCAGACGCACAUGAAUGACCUUGCGCAGAUAGAUGACUUCAACACCCCGGAUCUCUGCGCUCAGGAUGACGACGAUGCCUGUCUCUCCGGGCUGUUUGAUCCUAGCGAAGCGUUCUCCACCACUGAUACACACAACUUCAUGUUCACAUUGGAUGAUGACCCAAGUGCAGGCCCGUCCAUGAUCGAUGCAGUUCCGGCUCAAGACGAAGAUGUGGCGGUGUCGUCAAACGACGUCGGACUUACCGAAAUGGCUUUCAACGAGCCUGAUCCUUCAACAACUCAAGGCAUUGCGCACAAUCAAGGCCAGGUGAUUGGGCUCUUUGGGCACAAUCAGCGAUCGGAAACCCCAAUCACGUUGAGGAUGACACCCCGUCCUAAGCCUUCACUGUUCACGGGACCGUUGCACCCCUUACAACCGCCGGCGAACCACAGCACCCAGAAGACGGCUCGAGAAAGCUGCAAGCGGCCCGACCGCACGAAGAAACAAAAGUCGUUGAUGGGUUCACUCGGGAUCGAAAGCAAGGAAGGGGAAGGAAGCGAGCGUUCCUGGGAGGACUGUGAUUUGGGGGAGACGUGGGUAACUUGUGAGCUGCGAACAGAGAUCCAACAGCUGCUGCGCAACGAUGAGCAUAUGACGAUGAUGACCAACUGGCUGUCGCGAGCUGAUCGAAAGCACGUCCACUCGAUGUGUCAUUUACUGGGACUCAGCCGAACGAAUUAUUAUGAUGGUCGCCCUGGUUCGGAGUUUCAGAGAGUCCUGAUCGCCAAGUGUGCCGUUCUGACCUUAUUCGACUCCAGUGUGAAGAUCCGGACUCUGUCGGCAGACGACGCCUGGUCAGGAGGGACUAUCAACCCCAGACUCGUGGUAGUCAGGAACUUGGGAGCCAAUCUAGCGCGCCGGAAGAUUGAGAUUAUGGCAAAAUUGACAGAGGCCAAGCUCCCACUUCCGCAGGACGUGCAGGUCAGUGCUCAGGGAGACUUGUUCCUCAUUUUCGACAGCGUGUUUGACGCUAUGAGAUCUUAUGUUGCAAUUGAGACGCCAAUAUCUGGCUGGCCCACUGUGACCUGCGACUAUCUUCGCUUCGUGGAUGGGCCGCAAUACCGUCUGCACGUAGCCUUCAGUAUUAAUUCGAGCUCAGCGGCCGGUUCAGCUCAUGGUCACUUCUCCUCCGCAGGUAGUACAGGCCGCUCCGCGCAUUCGUCCGCGGGGAGCGCGACUUCCUGGGUGAGCUCGGAGUACGGUGACCUUGGUGGAAGAAGCAAGAAGAGAAAGCGCCAAAGCAAGAUUAUCGGCGGUUACUCAUGUGCAGCACAAGACUGCUCAAUGGUCUUCGAUCGGGAUUGCGACCUCCGAAAGCAUGAAAAGGUUCACUCGGAUCACAGGCCACACAUAUGCCUGAAAUGCGGUAAAGGAUUCCAAUGGCCUAAAGAUCUAAGGCGCCAUGGCCGACGACACCACGGGGACGAAGUCAACGUACCGAAAUUGGACGCCAUCGACCUCCGGGGGCCACAGAUGGAUUUCAGUGUAAGAGCCACGGACGUGUGCAGCCAGAGAGUAGAGGAGUGGCUGGCGGGCGUGGUGGAAUCAGAACCUCCUUCGUUCGAUCCAAUGGAUGAUCUUGCGUUGGCGGAAUAUGGGCCACAAGUCGCAGCAGACUUGGACCUUGACUCGUGA